AUUAUAAUGUCAAUAUGACAGAAAUAACAUAAUUUAAAAAUGUCACAAGUAAACAAUGAUUAAAAAUUAAAAAAUACAAUAUGUUUACAAUGGAAUAAUGAGUACUGAGCAAAAUCCAAAUAAAAAAGGAUUUUUAAAUGAUUUAAUACAGUCACCGAAUACUACUCCCAGAAGUGAUGAUGAUCAACCCAAAUCAAUUCUGCAAUCUUUGCAAAAACAUGUUGACAAGAAGCACAGCAGACACAGCAAUACAAGCAAACACAGCAAAUCAAGCACAACAAGUAAAAGUAACGAAACGUUAACCGAUAGUUCGGUUAAGUUCCAAAGUAAAGGUACGAUAGCAGAGUAUAGUAGUGAAAGCUUAAUCGUGUCUGCCGUGGAUAUAAAAAGUCUGUCAGACCAACCUGGAAUUUAUGCCAUAUGAUAUCAAGUAGGAUCAACGCAUUAUGUUUCCCGCAAGAGAUGUUGUCCUUGUUGUCAAAUA